AUGGAGAAACAAAUUCUCGAUUUCUCUCUGGUUCCUUCAGGCCUGUGUCUAAUGUUAGCUUACCACAUAUGGCUUCUCCAUCGUAUCAUAAAUCAUCCUACGGGCACUAUCAUAGGCAUCAAUGGCAUCAACAGACGCGUAUGGGUUCAAACCAUGAUGGAAGACACAUCCAAGAAUGGCAUUCUUGCAGUGCAGACCCUAAGAAACAAUAUAAUGGCAUCAACAGUUUUGGCAUCCACAGCGAUCAUGCUUAGUUCUGUGGUUGCCAUGAUCAUGGUCAAUACCAACGCUAGACAAUCAGAGAUUGUUUAUGGGGCCCACAGUGAAUUAGGGUUUUGGAUCAAGUUCUUUUCAAUCUUGGUUUGCUUUCUUUUGGCUUUUUUGUUUAAUGUGCAGUCUAUAAGAUAUUAUAGCCAUGCAAGUAUGUUGAUCAAUGUUCCUGUGAAGAAGAUGAUGAGUCCACAUUUGACAGGGGAGUAUGUGGGGAGGGUAGUGAACCGUGGGAGUUGUUUCUGGUCACUAGGGUUAAGGGCAUUUUACUUCUCUUUGCCAUUGUUUUUAUGGCUCUUCGGUCCUAUACCUAUGUUUUUGUGUUGUGUUGUGCUGGUUUUUAUGCUUUAUUUUCUGGACGUGACUCUUGACUUUGGAGGUGUUGUUGGUGUUGUUGAUGAGGAAGCAGAGAGGUAAGGUGUGGAAAUUUUUUUUUUUUUUCUUUUUUUUCCUUUUUUCAAGUCUACAAGGAAAUGUGUGAUGGACCCUCUACCAUGUAAGAGAGAGAUUAGAA